AUCUCCUUGGGCGUCGUUUCGCGGGCAGCAGUUUCGUGCUUUGAGUGACCUUCUGCCGCGUUCACGUUCGCGUUCGCGUUCGCCUUUCUGCUAUUCACCUUCGGCAAACACCAGGGACGCUCUUUCACUUUAAGCGAACCGGCGUUCUGAGCUUCCAGUGCGACAUAUUAGUACAUCUCAUCAAUCAAUCAUUAGUGGGAAACACCUCCACAGUCUUCGCGACUUUCACCUUCCGUUGCACGAGCCACGGUCCUCGGCGCCCUCAUCUUCUCCAGUAACGACACUUACGGCCGGGCGAGCAUACUUAUUGUCUUAGCAAGCAAGCAGACCUCGUUUACGUAAGCACACACGCGACAACGGCAUUUUGCGAUUCGACUUCAACCACGCACAUCACCAACACCAUGAGUUUCCCGAACAUGGAAGGCGGCGCACAGCCCCCUCAGCAAGGUGGCCAAGAGCAAGGUGGUUUCGGUCAUCAAGAACAAGGCGGAUUCGGCGCAGCGCCUGGUGCAGCUCAGCAGCCGACUCCAAUGGGUCAGCAGAUGGAUCCGACUCAACAGCAACCCGGUCAGUUCCCAGGUGCGCCGCAGGGCGGUCCGCAACCUGGGGCGCCAGGGCCGAACCAAGGUGGCGACCAGAAGACGACUUUGUGGAUGGGCGAACUUGAGCCAUGGAUCGAUGAGAACUUCAUUCGAAGCGUAUGGUUUGGCAUGGGCUAUCAGGUCAACGUCAAAAUGAUUCGCGACAAGUUCUCAGGAUCUAACGCCGGUUAUUGUUUCGUCGAUUUCGAGAACCCAGACUCUGCUGCACGGGCUCUCGCGCUUAAUGGGCAGAUGAUCCCAAACUCUAACCGUCAAUUCAAGCUGAACUGGGCUUCUGGAGGCGGCCUCGCAGAUCGCAGCCGUGACGAUCGUGGUCCCGAAUACUCCAUCUUCGUUGGCGACCUUGGCCCGGAGGUCAACGAGUAUGUCCUCAUGUCUCUCUUCCAGAACAAGUACCCGUCAUGCAAAUCCGCCAAGAUUAUGAGCGACCCGAUCUCAGGCAUGUCGCGAGGCUAUGGAUUCGUGCGCUUCGCCGAUGAAACCGACCAGCAGAAGGCUCUUCAUGAAAUGCAAGGCGUGUACUGCGGCAACCGACCAAUGCGCAUCUCUACUGCGACUCCAAAGAACAAGAGUGGCGGCGCCGGUGGUCCCGGUAUGGGUGGCAUGCAACAAGUGCCUGGCGGCCAGGGAAUGUACUCAAUGGGCGCUCCUCCGAUGGGCUACUACGGUGCUCCUCAGCCAAUGAACCAGUUCACCGACCCGAACAAUACGACUGUCUUCGUUGGUGGUCUUUCUGGCUACGUCACUGAGGAUGAGUUGCGGUCGUUCUUCCAGGGCUUUGGCGAGAUUACCUACGUCAAGAUUCCUCCAGGCAAGGGCUGCGGAUUCGUUCAAUUCGUCCAGAGACACGCUGCGGAAAUGGCCAUCAACCAGAUGCAGGGUUACCCGAUCGGCAACUCUCGCGUGCGAUUGAGCUGGGGUCGUUCGCAGAACAACUCAGGCCCAGCAGGUACUCCAUACCGCCCAGCACCUCCGCCACCAGUUUACCCGUCAAUGGGCAUGCCUCCGCAGCACCCAUAUGGCAACUUUGCACCUAUGAAGUAAGCGCAUUUUCGUCCCUUUGCCUUGAGUGAGAUAGCACUUUAGCGGGAGUUGGUCGAAGGUUCACAUGACUUGCCUUUUACUACUGCAUGCUCAAAUCGCGUUUCUUACGACGACCACGAGAACGACGCUCACAGAACGGAAUGGUCUCUCUCUUGGCAUGAAUGCAUCCUACGGACAGCGGGGCGGUCAGACUGCAGUAAAAGUUUCUUUUGCACUUCUCAUUACUUCAACAAUACACGACAACGCGCUACAUCACAUCACCCGAUUCGACGGCACGAUUACGAUUUCCUCCCCUUCUGGUGCAUAAGCUGCGGCCGGACGGAGCUUGCUUCUACAUUUCUGUAUAACAGAUGGCCUGCAGCGCGGCGCGUGGAAGAUGGGCGGCUGUUUUAGCUAGCUGGUUCAAUCUGCUCUCGCGAGUGAUGGGCCAGAAACGUGCUUUCUCAUUUUGGAGAGAUCACAGACAGCUAUGAAACCAAAAUGCUAUCUUGACUUAGUCCUUCCG